ACGUUCGGAACAGCACAUCAGUUCUUCCAAGAUCUACAACAAUGAAGAUCUACCUCCCUUUCCUGGCGGCAUUUGUCGCAACAGCACUAGCUAGACCCAGUCAGAAUCAAGGAGCCAACGCUGCAGCAAGUGCCGUAGCAAGUUCAACAGGAAGCGAUGACACAGGGGAAGAGGACUCACUAUCUAAUGCUGUACCUGUGUCAUUACCGUACGACAGAUUGUUGCAUGAUGAAAAUGAAUCUACUACACAAGCUAGUCUUGCAGAUUCCUCCUUGUCACAAGUAGGUGGCUUAGGAAGAAGAUCAUCUAACGCAGAAGCCAAUGCUGCUGCUUCCGCCUCGUCGCUAUCGAACAGCUGGAGAAGGAGAUCAAGAAGAUCAGCUGAUGCAGAAGCUAAUGCCGCAGCUUCUGCUUCGUCACAAUCGAACAACUUGGGAAGGAAUGUAAGAUCAUCUGAUGCAAAAGCUAGUGCUUCUGCGUCCGCCUCGUCACAAUCCAACAGCGAAAGAAGCAGAGACGCAAGUGGAUCUGCUGCAGAAGCUAAUGCUGCAGCUUCUGCCUGGUCACAAUCGAACAGCUUGAGAAGGAACACAGGAUCAUCUAAUGCAGAAGCUAGUGCUUCUGCGUGCGCCGCGUCACAAUCCAACAGCGAAAGAAGCAGAGACACAAGUGGAUCUGCUGCGGAAGCUACUGCUGCAGCUUCUGCUUCGUCACAAUCGAACAGCUUGAGAAGGAACACAGGAUCAUCUAAUGCAGAAGCUAGUGCUUCAGCGUCCGCCGCGUCACAAUCCAACAGUGAAAGAAGCAGAGACGCAAGCGGAUCUGCUGCAGAAGCUAAUGCUGCAGCUUCUACCUCGUCACAAUCGAACAGCUUGAGAAGGAACGCAGGAUCAUCUGUUGCAGAAGCUAGUGCUUCAGCGUCCGCCGCGUCACAAUCCAACAGCGAAAGAAGCAGAGACGCAAAUGGAUCUGCUGCAGAAGCUAAUGCUGCAGCUUCUGCCUCGUCACAAUCGAACAGCUUGAGAAGGAAUGCAAGAUCACCUAAUGCAGAAGCUAAUGCUGCAGCUUCUGCCUGGUCACAAUCGAACAGCUUGAGAAGGAACGCAGGAUCAUCUAAUGCAGAAGCUAGUGCUUCUGCGUGCGCCGCGUCACAAUCCAACAGCGAAAGAAGCAGAGACACAAGUGGAUCUGCUGCGGAAGCUACUGCUGCAGCUUCUGCUUCGUCACAAUCGAACAGCUUGAGAAGGAACACAGGAUCAUCUAAUGCAGAAGCUAGUGCUUCUGCGUGCGCCGCGUCACAAUCCAACAGCGAAAGAAGCAGAGACGCAAGCGGAUCUGCUGCAGAAGCUAAUGCUGCAGCUUCUACCUCGUCACAAUCGAACAGCUUGAGAAGGAACGCAGGAUCAUCUGUUGCAGAAGCUAGUGCUUCAGCGUCCGCCGCGUCACAAUCCAACAGCGAAAGAAGCAGAGACGCAAAUGGAUCUGCUGCAGAAGCUAAUGCUGCAGCUUCUGCCUCGUCACAAUCAAACAGCUUGAGAAGGAAUGCAAGAUCACCUAAUGCAGAAGCUAAUGCUGCAGCUUCUGCCUCGUCACAAUCGAACAGCUUGAGAAGGAACGCAGGAUCAUCUAAUGCAGAAGCUAGUGCUUCAGCGUGCGCCGCGUCACAAUCCAACAGCGAAAGAAGCAGAGACGCAAGUGGAUCUGCUGCAGAAGCUAAUGCUGCAGCUUCUGCCUCGUCACAAUCGAACAGCUUGAGAAGGAACGCAGGAUCAUCUGCUGCAGAAGCUAAUGCUGCAGCUUCUGCCUCGUCACAAUCGAACAGCUUGAGAAGGAAUGCAAGAUCAUCUAAUGUAGAAGCUAACGCUGCAGCUUCCACCUCGUCACAAUCCAAUAACGAAAGAAGCAGAGACACAAGUGGAUCUGCUGCGGAAGCUACUGCUGCAGCUUCUGCUUCGUCACAAUCGAACAGUUUGAGAAGAAAUGCAGGAUCAUCUGCUGCAGCUUCUGCCUCGUCACAAUCGAAUAGCUUGAGAAGGAAUGCAAGAUCAUCUAAUGCAGAAGCUAGUGCUGCAGCUUCUGCCUCAUCACUAUCCAAUAACGAAAGAAGCAGAGACGCAAGUGGAUCUGCUGCAGAAGCUAAUGCUGCAGCUUCUGCCUCGUCCCAAUCGAAUAGCUUGAGAAGAAAUGCAAGAUCAUCUAAUGCAGAAGCUAGUGCUGCAGCUUCUGCCUCAUCACUAUCCAAUAACGAAAGAUGCAGAGACACAAGUGGAUCUGCUGCGGAAGCUAAUGCUGCCGCUUCUGCUUCGUCACAAUCGAGUAGCUUGAGAAGGAAUGCAAGAUCGUCUGAUGCAGAAGCUAGUGCAUCAGCGUCCGCCUCAUCACAAUCCAAUAGCGAAAGAAGCAGAGACACAAGUGGAUCUGCUGCAGAAGCUAAUGCUGCAGCUUCUGCUUCGUCACAAUCGAGUAGCUUGAGAAGGAAUGCAAGAUCGUCUGAUGCAGAAGCUAGUGCAUCAGCGUCCGCCUCAUCACAAUCCAAUAGCGAAAGAAGCAGAGAUGCAAAUGGAUCUGCUGCAAAUGCUAAUGCUGCAGCUUCCGCCUCGUCAUUAUCCAACAGUGAAAGAAGCAGAGACGCAAGUGGAUCUGCUGCAGAAGCUAGUGCUGCAGCUUCAGCUUCGUCACGAUCGGACAGUGGAAGGGACCAAGCCUCAAGUGAAUCUAAUGCGGAAGCUAGGGCUUCAGCUUUAUCGUCGUCACAAUCAGACAGCGGAUGGAGUAAAGACGCAAAUGGUUCUGAUGCAGAAGCUAGUGCUACAGCAUCAGCCUCAUCGCAAUCGAAUAGCGAAAGAAGCAAAGACGCAAGUGGAUCUAAUGCAGAAGCUAGUGCUGCAGCUUCAGCCUCGUCACGAUCGAACAGCGGAAGAGACCAAGGCGCAAGUGAAUCAAAUGCAGAAGCUAGUGCUUCAGCUUUAGCCUCGUCACGAUCGAACAGCGGAAGAGACCAAGGCGCAAGUGUAUCAAAUGCAGAAGCUAGUGCUGCAGCAUCAGCCUCAUCGCAAUCGAACAACGAAAGAAGCAAAGAUGCUAGUGGAUCUGAUGCAGAAGCUAGGGCUACAGCUUCAGCCUCAUCAGGAUCGGCAAACGGAAGAUCCAAAGAUGCAAAUGGAUCUAGUGCAGAAGCAAGCGCUGCAGCUUCCGCCUCCUCCCGGUCGGACAAUGAAAGAAGCAAUGACUCGAAUGGAUCUGAUGCAGAAGCUAGGGCUGCAGCUUCCGCCUCGUCACGAUCGGACAGUAGAAGGGGCAGAGGAGCAAGUGAGUCUAAUUCAGGAGCUAGAGCUGCAGCUUCAGCAUCGUCUCGAUCGGACAGCGGAAGUGGCAGAGGCGCAAGUGAAUCUGAUGCAGAAGCUAGGGCUGCAGCUUCCGCCUCCUCACGAGGGGAUAGCGGAAGGGGCAGAGACGCAAGUGAAUCUGAUGGAGAAGCUAGGGCUGCAGCUUCUGCUUCCUCGCGAUCGGAUAACAAAAGGGGAAGAGAAGCAAGUGAAUCUAAUUCAGGAGCUAGGGCUGCAGCUUCAGCAUCGUCACGAGCGAACAACAGAAGAAACAGUGGAGCAAGUGAAUCUGAUGCAGAAGCUAGGUCUGCAGCUUCAGCAUCAUCGUGGGACAAAAAAAAAGGCAAAAGCGGAGGGGAUUCCUUUGCGAAUGUCGCGGCUUCAAUAGUCGGCUCAAUACGAAAAAUUCACAAUAAUAGUUUAUUAGGAAGUCUACAUAAUUCAAUAAUUAAUCCUAAUGAUGAUGAACACAUUUUGUCAUAUAAUGACAGUAAAGAACUCGAAAUUUAACGAGGGGCUAUUCCUAAAUUGGGAUUUGUUGCCCUCGAUAAAACUAUUUCAUUUCAGAUUUAUUUUAAAUAUGGUUAAAAUUGAAAAUUUUUCACUUAUGUAUCCUAUAUAUUCUAUUAUCGCGCAAUUAUAUUGUUCAAUGUAAGGGUGAAUUUAUUACUUUAUGAUAUUAUAAAAAUAUAUAUUUUCUGGGUUAAACAAGAAAUAUUAUAAUCUUAUAAAAUAUGUUAUAAAUAUGUUACAAUAGAUAUUACGUCACUUAGUUCAAUUUUUAAUUAUUGUAUUAUGUAUUGUAUGUUAUGCAUUGUUCAAUAAAUUAAAUAUAUCUUGUUAAAUUGCAAA